AUGGAUCAAAGAAGAUGGGAAGACUUAAACAUAGACUGUUUGGUGAAUAUUUUUGGAAGAGGUGGUAUGGAGUCACUGCUUUUGGAUGUGUCUUUUGUAUGCAAUUGUGCAAAGGGCAUGUUACUGUACUCAGGCUACCUCCAUGUGCUUCAGAGGAAGUGUGGUGAUCCCAAGGUUCUGGCAUUGCCUAGUUAUUUAGUUUACCUCAGAUCAAGUGUAAUUCCAAAGCUGACUGGUGAGUGGAAACAUUUGGAGGAAAUCCUUUCACAGUCAUCAUUUGAUAAAGAUGAGGCAAUUGCAGUUGUUAACUUCCUGCCGAAGAUUAAGAAGUUGAUCUUGACGAAUGCAGAAAUUGGUCGGGAUGAUGUUAUAAAGUUACCGCAGGGAUGUCAGUGA